UUAAAACUAGAGGUUCUCACAAAACUUUUGAUAUGCCUGUUUUGUUUAAAUGAAUUUAAUUUGGCUUCUUUCCUGCAGCUCUUUUUAGAUGAUGCUAGAAUAAAGAAUUUCACAUCAUGUUUCAAAGAAAAAAAAUUUCUCCACUUCUUUUUUACAAGACUUAAACAGAAUGAUACUGGGAAAUAUGAAAAGGACUUUCCAUAUUUCUCUCCUUGUGGGCGUGAGAAAAACUUUGUGAGAUGUGAUGAUUUACCGAUAGUGUUUACACAUGUACAUGAAGUACUUGAAAAAAAUGGAGAAACAAAAGAUUAUUUGUCAUACAAUCAUGCAGGUGACCUGCUGUUAGUAAACUUUGAACCCAACAAAUUGUUCAUGCUUCCACAAACUGGCCGUGUUUACCAUCCAGCAAAUGAGCAGUAUGGAGGUGUGGGAUUAGUCAAAUCUUCCCUUGCCAUUGAAUUUAGCAAAAAUAUUGAAUUUUGUGAUGAAGAAUCAGAAGAGUAUGGCAAGCCAACACACUUUACAUGGAAGGGAUUAAGAUAUGAAUUGUCGAAUGAAAUACUUAAACUUCUCAGUGAAAAGCAGUUUAGCCAACUUCAUUAUUAACUGUUAAAAUUGUACCUGAUUACUUGGAAGAGAAGUUGUUGUUUUUAAAACAUGAUGUAAGUGUAAUGUAUAUUUGAUAAUGUGGUUAUGCAUUUUUUAUGCAUGCUCAAUGCAUUCUUUUCAAAAUAUUUGGAACACUGUAAUUCUUACAAACGUGUAGCAUAUAAGCUGUACAGAUGUGAUUUGGUAUCGUUAAUGCUAUAUCUUUCUGUGAAAAACACUACAAAUAUUUCACUUGUCACUCAUUAAAGUUAUUUUAUUGACUUA